AGUUACCAUGGACGCUGCUGACGUUGAAGCAACCAAAAUGUACAUUUCGUACAAUAACAUUCAUCAAUUAUGUCAAGAAUCUGCUGAUAAAAUCAAGGCUUUUAAACCGGAUUUGAUUAUUGCCAUUGGUGGUGGUGGAUUUAUUCCAGCCCGUAUGUUGCGUACUUUUUUAAAGGAACCAGGACACCCAAAUGUUAGAAUUAUGGCCAUUAUAUUAUCUCUUUAUGAAGAUGUUUCAACUGUUGGAUCUCAGAUUGAACAAGUCGGUACUCAAGUCAUUAGAACUCAAUGGAUCGAUUAUAAUCAAUCUAAGAUUGAUCUUGUUGGUAAAAAUGUAUUGAUCAUUGAUGAAGUUGAUGAUACUAGAACUACUUUACAUUAUGCGGUUUCUGAAUUGAAAAAAGAUGUUGUUGAACAAUGUAAAGCUAAAAAUGCUAAUCCAAAUGAUACUAAGUUUGGUAUUUUUGUUUUACAUGAUAAAGAAAAGCCAAAACGUGCUGACUUACCUGAUGAAAUUAUGAAAACUGGUAAUUAUUUUGCCGCUAGAUCUGUUCCAGAUGUUUGGAUCGCUUAUCCUUGGGAAUCUACUGAUAUCGUUUACCAUACCAAAAGAGCUAUCGAACAAGGUAAUGAUGUUUUCAUUCCUUCUUCUACUGAAGAAAACUAAACAGUCUCCCUCCAUGUUUAAUAGAGUCAUUGUAUACUAAUAACGAAGC